AUGGCGGUGGGGAAAGGAGCAAUGGGGUUCGGGCGCUGCUGGGUGUGGCUGUUGGCGGCGUGGCAGGCGGUAAGGGGAGUCUUAAAACGGGGGGUCGGGAGCGACGGGCUCCGCGUGAGGGAGUGGACGGAACCGUGAGGAGACACGGAGUCACUUUGACCCAAAACCAGACCAGGCCUGUCUGCCUGCUUGUCGUGGCACCUGGGACCAUGGCCGUAGCCGGGAUUUUCGUUAGUGGGGGGGCAGGCCUUUUGUUAGGGGGGAAAGAACCUCAAUUAGCUAUGUAUUUUUAUUGAUUUUCAGGGGGGCAGCUGCCCCUCCUUGCCCCCACCCCACACCUUGGCUACGCCCAAGCGUGAGACAUCUGUUUCUGAAUAAACAGCCGCAGGUUCAAAUUGCGGAUUUGUUCCCCUUGGUUUUCUCACCUUCCACCGUGCAGGAGCGCUAGCUUAAAGAAAACAAUUGUGUGUGUGCAUAUAAACAUGGGUGCAGCGGGGGGGGGGGGCAGACCCUCAAAAAUUAUUGAACAAACUGUGGUUCUCCCCCCCCCCCAAAAAAAGGCAGAAGCAACAGGCGAUUUGGACGAACGCAACAAUUUUUUCAGCCUUCCCCCAAAAAACCUACGCCCAUGUAUAUAUAGAUAUCUCCCUGGUUUAACUGGCCGUCCUUUUCUCUCCCCCUUGAAAUGUUAGCCUCGCUGCAGAUCGUGUAUUAGAAAGCUUAUGCCGUGGCUGAUAUGCGAAUGUGUGCAAUAACCUAGAAACACGCCCCAUGGAAGGAAACUGCUCAAGCCAGUAGCAGUUACCAAUGUAACCCGUAAUGGCUGAGAUUCAAGUCUACGUGUUACAGACAGGAUAUGAAAGCGAGGAGCUUAAUGGCAACUUAAACCGAGGUUGUGGACGCAACAACAGAAUGUCUGGGCGCACUUUUUUAUAACUAGAAUACAAAGCUGGAAAUGAAUGAACUGCAACUAAAAUACUAUGUUCAUUUUUCAUGUGCUCUAGUCCUUUCCCUGUCCACCCCCCUAAUAUUCUUAAGGGGCCUGUUCUCCAGUCUUCAGAGAGAAGCUGGAAGCCAGGAAGCAGAAAAAAAUCAUCCUUUUCUUCCACUGCAGUUUUAAUCUGAAAUCAUAGAUGCAGUACUGCUCCUGGAGCUCAAACAGAUUGUGCUAAUGAAAUUUCCAGUUGCAAAAUGCACCUAGAACAAUGGGAGUUUUGAACACUGUGUGUUACGUUCUAAGAGACCCAGGUUCGAAGCCCUUCUUAGCUAUAAAGCUCACUCAGCAUAGCCUGCUUUGCAGUGUGGGGUUGUUGUUUUUUAUCGUAAGUUCAUCAGUUAAAAAAUGAAUGGAUGCCAAUUCUGAACAUUGAGCAAAGUUGAAAUCUUUGGACAUUUUGUGUUUUUAAAAUAGACCUCACUCUCUCCCCGCUCCGCCCUCAUCAUCAGCUGUCAUGAUACUAUAGACAUCAAUGAAACUUGUGAAGAUUGUAAGGCAUUAGUGCCUGUUUUUGUAAUGAGAAAAAAUUAAGAACAAAGUAUCAAUUUAGUUUAGCAACUUGGAGUAGCUGUUAAACCAAAAUGCCAACAUUACCUGUCUUUCUUUUGCUCUCCUCUAGCUCUGAAGAGUUACCACAAAUUUGUAAUAUGUGUUAACUGAACAGUUUAAAUUAUGUUAAUCCAUAAUACGGGGGUUGUCAAAAGCCUGUUUUCUUUACAGUCUUCAACUUGUAACACCAUGCACUCAUUCCCCUAUUUUAAUAAUUUACAGCACUUUAAAUGCACUUUUUCCUGGAACUAAUUCACAUUGUGUCCAGUGGUGCUAAAUCAAACUUGUAUUUAGCAUUGUCACUGUAAUACAUUAUAUUCCUAUUUGUGUUUAUGGCUAGCAUUUAGGUAUGCACUUUGUGCUGUUUUGUUUUACAGUUUGUGAUCUUACUUUGUACAUAUCUUCAGCUAAGUGCCAUUGCAUAGAUUUUUCAGUGAUGGUGAGCUCAACUCCUUAAAGAAAAAGCUGUGUUAUGAAGUGAUGGUUUGUUACACUUUAGAAUGGUAUGGUUGUUCAUUCAGAUUUUUAAGUGAAUUGUACAAAUCUUAAUUGCUUUUAGGCAUCAGUAUAUGGAGCAGAAUUAUCAUCAGAGGCCUGCAGAGAGCUGGGCUUCUCCAGUAACUUGCUGUGCAGUUCUUGUGACCUUCUUAGCCAGUUUGGCUUAAAUCAGCUAGAUCCAUUCUGCAGAAAGUGCUGCCAAGAAGAAGCCCAGUCUGAAACCAGAAAGGUAGGUUGAAUAAUUAGAUUUGAAGACCUGGACUAUUAUUUAAAGUGUGUUAACAUGAAUGAAUUCCAGACCUAAAGCUAAUUGUUUUAUUGUAUUUUUUUAGCAGCCAUUUUAAUACCGGUUGUUGACAUGGUUCUUCUGUUAAUGUUAUUUGUGAUUGAGUCCCUUAAUUCAUGAAUGUCACAACCCUCUCUAUCUUCUGUCUGCUUUCUGCAUCUUGAAAAAUUGAGGUAUAUUGCAGGCUUGAACAGAAGGGAAAUGCACAAUUAGUGAGGGAAAGGGUGGGCAGUUUCACAAUUGCAGAAAUGUUAAUUUUAUAUCACUGACUUUGGUUAAGGGGUUUGGUAAAAGGGCUUGUUUUAGUAUUAUAACUAUGUAUUUGUCAAUUUAUAUACUGGUUUACUGCCAAGAUGGUUUGGGGGAAUUUGGAAAAGUUCCAGCUCCGUGAUCAUUUUCCUUCCCACCCCUUGUGUGGUGUGUAUGCGUGUAGUUUGUUGUCUCUACAAUAUUCUUUCUGAGCUGUCGUGAUCAGAACUGGAUGCAGUAAAUCCAAAUCUGCUCACACCAUAAAUUUAUAUAAAGGCAUUGGGAUACCGGCAGUUUUAUGCCUUGCACAAAAUGUGAAGAGUUCUUGUUCUGUUUGUACUGUUUUGUUGAUAACAACAACCACCCAAAACUCUGUGUGGGGCCAAGUGAGGUUCCAUUUUCAAUUCAUAAUGCUGUACUUUGAGUACCUAUACUUAUUGGUUCCAAUGUAAAUACAUAAUAGCAUUCAGCAAUACACAGACACCAUAAUAUAAUAAUUAGCAUCCGCUUUGCAAUAUAGAUGGAAAUUAACAUUCCUAUUCACAUGAUAUAGUUAAAGAAGGCUCCAUCAGAAGCCCUGCAUCCAAAUAUGCAUUGCCAUACAAAUGUGCAGUUGUCUGUCCACAUCGAUCUGCACAUGGGGUUCCAAAUUGAGUAAUGGAGUCUUUGCACAGAAGCAACCUUCCUGUACAUACAUCCUGUGCUGGACUGACCAAGCAAUAUUUGCAAUAGAUGUAGUGUCUGAAAGGAUUGUGUUGCUCGGGUUAAUAUCUGCAAAAUAAACCUCCACAAAGUUAAUGAGUCCAAUGGGUCUGAUUUAUACUUUGGGAAAUCUAUUCUUAUUUGGAAAUUUCCAAAUGUUUGUUGAACACUUUUACAAAAAGUAAUCAACUUUGAGAGCAUCAGAAAUACCUUGGAUAAGCAUUUUUAAAAAGUAAUGCUGUUAUAUGAGCAAGGAAUAGAGCUUGAAACCAUCUGGCUGUUAAGACUUAAUGAAGCCACUGGUUCUAGAACGCAAACUGACUGGAAUUUUUUUGUUACAGUACAUGGUAUUUUGUGCUUUUAAAGGAAUUUUGGGAAAUCUACAUGUUUUAUGAAAAUUCUGCUGCUUGCAGACUCUACAGGAUGCUAUCAUGGAAUUACAGAAAUCUUGGGAAUAUAUUUGUAUGAUUUUCUAAAACUGGUACUGCACAAAUAUUAAAAUUGCACACGGCAUAUAAUCUAAGAAGAAAGACCUGCACAUAAAAAAAGGGAAGAGGAUUCUAAUCUUGCAGCUCAAACAAUCUGUGGAGAUGUUUUCCCCAAAAGGAUUUGGGAAGCUAUAGGUAAUUGUAAAUAAUUAUUUAAAAUAUGGAAUCUAAAAAAGCUUCCUGUGCUAGAAAGUAUAUAGUAUAUUCAUUUAUUCACACUUCUAUGGAAAUAGCUGUUCAGAAAAGUAAUUGAAUCAAAUACUAGAGAUGCUCAUUGGGUAUGUUUUAAAAAACCCUUUUAAAUCCUUGGUGUUAAGCCCCAAUACUGUUAAACUAAAAUAUCCAUAGGCUAGAAUUCAUUUUGCAGAAAGUGAACAGGAAGCAAAUGGGGAGCGGCAAAGGAGGGUUUGGGCCCAGAAAACACAUGUCCUCUGAUGCCAACUUCUGUCACCAACCCCAGGAUCACUUCAACGGCAAACUGGGGCUGCCCUUUCAACAAACCAGAAGUGGCAUGUGAAUUGGACUUGCAAGAUGCAUUCCCUCUGACUCCAAUUCUCCACCCUGCUAUCAGUGACGACAAAGUACUGCUGCUCUGCUAACAUAGAAAAGAUGACAGCAUGCAAGUUGAGGGGGAAAUGAGCUAAUCUGAAGAAUUUUUCCAUUUUAAAUUGCUGCAAUAAUUGCCUUUCCCGUAGAUUUUCACGCGUGCUCUCUCUUCUUCUACUUGUAUACAUUGUCAUUUAAGCAGCAAUCACUUAGCUAGGGUGUGUGUGUCCCAAUUUAUUCCCACUGAGAAACAACAACAUCGCUUUGUACAAGACCAACCUGCUAAUUUUAGUAGAUGAGUUCUCCAUAUUCAUUAUACUGAGGGUGCCCUUUGGGUAUUCCUGUUGAUUCAGGGAAGGUCUUCAAUCAAGUGCCCUUCAAUUGUAUGCUCAGUGUUUCAGAAAUCCUCUGCUCCAGGGAGCAGCAUUUGUCAUGAAGAACUUAUUUAUAGAGACUUCAGAGCUGCAUUACUUACAAAUGGAAGCUUCUCUGAAUAUUUUAUCUUGAAAAGAGGCAUGAGACUAGACUAUCUGCCAUCUUCAUUAUUUUCAAGAACAGAAUCCUGACAGUUUUUAUCAAACAAAUGUCCUGUGAGCAACAGAAGGAAACAUUGGCCUUUGCAGAUAAUCUAUUGUUGCUUUAUAUCCAAAUGCCUUCACUUAAUUCAGAUGUGGGGAUCUUAGCUAGAAUCACUGCAUUGUUGGGUGCAAUUUCAACUUGUUCAGCUUCAGAAUGAGUUGUUUUGAUUAGAAAGAAGAAUUAAGUUUGAGCAAACCUAUUCAUCCCUUUUUACCACGGGCAUACCAAUUCAUCUGCCAUACUUGGCAUGGCAAGCAUCCCUGUCUCCUCUGUUGAGGACUCUGUGGAAUCCAGUGCACAGAGCUUCCUUGCUUCCUUUUCCUCUUGUGGAUUAUUUCCGUUUCUUUUGGUGAUUUUCUUUUUUCUCUCUCCCCACCCACUUCCUACAUAACAACCCCUGAGGGCCACCAGUUUUUCAUGCCAAAGGUCUGAACUGAGGGCUUACAGAGGGAUGUUUUUCUCCCCACUGGCUACUCCCACCUGCAUUUCUCAUCUUUAUUCUAGAACAAAAUCAGUGGAUACAGAGACUGCUAUGCAUGCACACACCCCUCUGACCAACCAAAUCACAGCAUAAGUGCUCCUAUGUUGCACAUUGGGGGAAAUUUUGGGACUUGAAAUUGCCACCAGAUAUUUUUGCUCUGACUAUUUCCAGGAGCGCUUUAGGAAAUUUUGAAAGAACAAGCAUGUUGUGGUUACAGUAACGACAACAGUGAGAUUUUGUUCCAGAGAACAGCAUGCUUUACAAAUGGUGAACAGUCAGGACUUUAAGGUUAAUCAAAACGGAUGACUGAGAGCAUGCAAGUGCAUUUCUGCUGACCUUUCACACUCCCUGACUCCCAUGCCAUUCUGGGUUGGUCCUCCAUUCCGCUCUGUGAACUGUAUUGUUUUAAGAAGGUUUUAAAACAAAUCACGUUUGACUUGAAAGAGGCCUUGCUAAGUGCUAAUUCAAUAAAGUUGAUGAUAUGAGGUCAGGCUUGUCAGAGUGAGCACCAAGAGAGUAACAAGCAUAAUUAACACUCUUACAAAUUGAGUAAGAGGGGAUAUUUCUUACAAGAGUCCAUUGUUUCAUGACAGCUACGGUUGCUGAAGUGGCAUCUUACAUGGGCUUGCUGUAAUUUAUCAAAUACUCAAGCAGAGCACCCUAAUGUGCCCGACUGGACCCUUGUGGUCCCUUCCAGUUCUAUGAUUCUAUGACUUGGAGACGGGGGGGGGGGGAGAGAAGAAGGAAUUGGAGAAGAAAAAUGCUUUGUUCUCAUCAUGAGAAUCAUCCUUCUCCCACUUCUGCUGUCUGAAAAUUAACUGCAGCUCUAGUCACCACCAAAAGAAGGAUGAGUUCAGGUUACAGAAGCAAAAGAUGGCAAAGGAGCUGUUCUAAUCAAUUAUGAUCACUCUCAGAGAAGCAGGAAGUGCUUUUUAGGGACACAGAAGACGAAUUCUUCAGGAACUAGAGGGAGAGCAGCAGCAGAGGCUGCUGGCUACCAGUUGAGGCUGCUGAUCUGCUUGUUAGCAAACCAGUCCUCCGAAGCUGCAUUGUAUGGUUUGUGUGAUUCACAUGCCUGUCUGUGAGGAGCAUGAGAAGGGAAGACAGGCUUAUCUCUCUUCCGGAAUGAGACUGUAAACUGUGCUUUCACUUUUACGCUGUGGGUUCUUUUGCUCUCGGAGCUCUGAGAGAGCACCGUGAUUGCUUGUUUGUAUAGUCUGUAAAUAAAUUAGUAGUUUAGAACUACAGUGUCUCUAACGUCUUGCAGUGUUAAGCCAGAAGGAUAGUGUGCUUACACCAGCUGGUGUAGCUCGCUGAGAGCGCCCUGGAGAAGAAGGGGAUGCCUUUUCCAGAGCUACUCUCACCGGGGUACGUCCAGAGGAAUGGGGGCUACAGACACCCCAGGGCGUUUUCUCCCAACACUGCUUUGGUGCACAGUGGAUCUUGGGGUCUGGUCAUAGGGGAGUUCAAAGAGGUGUGGCUGGGGAGGAUGCUGUGAGGAGACAUAGAAAAGCCUGCCAGGCUGAAUUUAGUUCUGGGGAUCAUUGCCAUAAUCUCCUUUUUAAAAAAAAUUGUUAUAAAUUUAUAAAUAAUAAUUGUAAAGCUAUCGGGUAAAUCUUAGCUGUCCUAAAUAUGUUUACUUGAAAGUCAUUUCUGCUGUGCUGAGUAGAACUUUCUUCCUGGUGAGUGUGCUUGGCUUGCCUUUUAUGCUAAGGCUUAAAUUGUCAGAGAGCUGUUCACCUAGGCCUGGUUCACAUGGCCUUGGCUUACUGAGAAUAUGGAGUCCAUAGUACUUUGGCCCUCUCAUGGCCUUUUUGCUGCCACACUAAGCCAUCGUUUAGCUUAGCAUGUCAUCUGAACCAGGCUCUUGGUUAAGUACUCUUCUUUGACUACAGCUUGCGGUAAGUCAAGAGUUAACCACUAGUCCCAGUUUGGACAACACAUGAUGUGAUAAACCUUGGCUUGACUUAGCACAGCAGCACAAAGCUCAUGGAGGCUUUCAACUGUAAAUCUUUUUAAUAAAUGAAAUCCUCCAGCACACUUUUGAGAAAUAAUUGACAGUACUAAUAUUUGAAGCAAUUAUUCUUCCAUGGAAAGAGAUAAUGGGUUGCAUUCAGCAUAGCACUAAGUAAAUCCUUGUUCUAGCAGAGAGACUUCCACUUGCCCACUAGGACUUCUGCACCCUCCUUCUCCCUCUCUCAAUUUUUUUCUGGGGGGUUACCUGAGCCCUUUGGAUCAGAUCUGAGAAUGCAAGGGGAGAGGGUACGCAUGAUGGGGGAGAAGAGGGAGCGAAGCCCUGCUGUGUAAGCAGAAGUUGCAUUUGCACAAGGAUUUAAUUGAAUACGGUCCUAAGGUUUUUAAAUGAAAAAGUGUUUAUUUCAAAUACUUGUUUGACCACCCUUCAUCACUAAGCAGUCCCAGAGUGCACCAUAUGGAAACAGUUAAAGACCAAUAAAAGCAAUUAUACCACGGAGAUAAGAGUUCCUCAAAAAGCAGAUUUAAAGUAAACUAUUACAGUCGUACCUUGGAAAGCGAAUGGAAUCCGUUUUGGAAGUCCGUUCAACUUCAGAAACUUUCAGAAACCAAAGCACAGCUUCUGAUUGGCUUCAAGAAGCUCCUGCAGCCAAUUGGAAGCCCCGUCAGAUGUUCGACUUCCAAUAAUAGUUCACAAACCGGAAUAGUCACUUCCAGGUUUGCGGCGUUUGGGAGCCAAAAUGUUCGAGAAAUAAGCCGUUUGGAAACCAAGGUAAGGCUAUAUUUGAUUACAUUUGUAAGGCUAUCAAGAAAAUAUGAGCCUUCCCAACAAAAAGCAAGGUGCAGUUAAAUCCAUACUUGCUACUAUGAAUUAUUUGGAUCACUGCAGGUUCAAGGCCUAUCUGCCCUGUACUUCAUUUCCACUCUGUUUUUGUAUUUGUACCAAAUAUGUCCCAUUCCAGUGACCUGUGCAUAUGAACAGGCUUCCUCUCAUGUGCUUUGUGAAGAACUGUGGGCAUAAAUCACAUACAUACUUAAGUGUCUCCAUAUUUUUGUACAACUAAUUGCACUUAAUGCCACAUAGGACUGCAGCUGGGUUGAGGUGUUGACCCUGUAAGUACUAGCAAUUUUCCAUUGAUGUUAGUGAAGGCAAGGCUUUAUCCUCGUAUACUGAAAUGCUCUUUGCUCCUUGCAAAGAAGAAAAUAUUGCAGUAGCAAUAAACAGUUACAAAGUAUUGUCCUAACACUGGCAAAUUUGCUCCAAACAAUGCACUGACGACUUUCAGCGUCCGGAAAUCCUGUAUCCAAUUUCAGACUAAUUCAGAAAGUUGCUUUAGCAGCAUUACUUUAGACAGCUGCACGUUGUAAGCCUCGCUCUCACCAGUGCAGAAUGAUGCUGGUUUCUGAAACACGGAAAGAUGAAAUGGAGGCGAAGGUAACUGUGCAUGAAAUUGUAGUAGUAGAAGAAAUUGCCAACAUUUUGCAGUUGCUGAAAAUAGCUGCACUUAGGAGUGUCUGUUACCCUAUAUCAUCUGAUUGAAUCAAAGAAGCUUGUGUCCUUAAUUGCAGGAAAAUAUGAUUGUUGGGAGAAGCCGGGCGCUCUUAUGUUUUGGUUAUGAAUUGUACUAAAGUUGCAUAUAAAAAUGCAUAGUGCUCCAAAAUCUGUAGAACCCAUUGAAGCAAUUUUAACAAAGCUAUUACAUACCAUUGUCAGUAACAUCUCUUAUUUACUAAAUUAUCACUUUGUGUUUUUGUAAAAACGGGAAGAUUUCCACCAAAAGAGCAGCAAUCUAAAGAUAUUCCAAGUCAACUUUUACAAAUAGCGUUUUUUCUUAAAACCAAGUGAUGUCUUUGUGCAGGUGGCUGCUGUCAUCUCCACUUUCAUGGAUGGCAAACAAAAACUUAAGGGCCUUGCCUGAGUUUUUGGGGAUGACAGCCCUAGCAGAGCUAUAUGAGAAAGGGUUGUAGCUCAGCUAAUGGUCAUUGGCUGCAUUUGGACAUCACAACAAAUCACUUUUGUGGUGCGUGGUUCCCAUUCUGGCUCCCAUGUUUUCCUCCUUCUCCCCCAGCACAGCUGCUUUGGUUGAAAUAUGUGUAGUUCAAACCAUGGUUUAUGAAGCAGACUCAUUUCAACAAACCAUAGUUAUGGUACACUACAGUAUAGGGUAUUAUUAUUAUUAUUAUUAUUAUUUAUUUGUACCCUGCCAAUCUGACUGAGUUGCCCCAGCCUCUGCUGGUGGUUUCCAGCAUACAGUCAUACCUCAUGUUACAUUUGCUUCAGGUUGAGCAUUUUCAGGUUGCGUCCCGUGGCGACCUGGAAGUACUGGAAAGGGUUACUUCCGGGUUUCGCUGCAUGCGCAGACGCGCAAAAUGACAUCAUGCACAGAAGCGGCGGCACGUGCAGACGCGGGUUGCAUUCUGCUCAUGUUGCGAACGGGCCUCUGGAAUGGAUCCCAUUCGCAACCAGAGGUACCACUGUAUAUAAAAACAUAAUAAAACCUUAAACCUUAAAAAGCUUCCCUAUACAGGGCUGCCUUCAGACGUCUUCUAAAUGUUAUAUAAUUACUCAUCUCCUUGACAGGGAGGGCAUUCCACAGGGUGGGCGCCACUACCGAGAAGGCCCUCUUCCUGGUUCCCUGUAGCUUUAUGUGGAAUUGCCAAAAGGCCCUCGGUGUGUCCGGGUUGAACAAUGGGAGUGGAGAUACUCCUUCAGGUAUACUGGGCUGAGGCCAUUUAGGGCUUUAAAGGCCAGCACCAACACUUUGAAUUGUGCUCAGAAAUGUACUGGGAGCCAAUAUAGGUCUUUCAAGACCAGUGUUAUGUGGUCUUGGCAGCCAUUCCCAGUCACUAGUUUAGCUGCCGCAUUCUGGAUUCCUUGUAGUUUCUGAGUCACCUUCAAAGGUAGCCCUACUUGAAGCGCAUUGCAGUCGUCCACACGGGAGAUAACCAGAUAAAUAUGGUUAUGUCCCUGGCUAAUUGGGAAUCAGAAACGAAUACUUGUUGACUCUUUGUCACAGCUGCACUGGUGGUCAAGACAGGAACAUGGAACAGCAGAGAGAGAGGCUAGUCUUGCUCGCAUCAUGAUAAAUCAUUGUUUAUCGUGAUGUCUGAAUUACGUACGGAGAGCAAUCAGAUGGUGUUGAUGCAUAUGUAAACUGAGCCUUUGAGCAACCUGGAGUUGAUCUAGGUGAUCCAACAUGUUUUUCAUAAGGGCCCAGUCUUGGGUAUGACUUAACACUUGAUGAACUAGUUCACAGUAGCUGUCAUUUUUCUGUUGUAAAUUUUUAUCCAGGUGGUAGUGUACUAAUGAAGAGCAAUUUAUCAGGUUUCUGAAUUGAAUGGGGAUCCUUAAACUCGUAAUGGGGAUAGCAGUGCUCGUGGAGUGGUGGCAGAACUUAGCAUGAGCUUGUCCCCACAAAUGUGUAGGUCUUACACAUAAGUAGCAUACCUGAGCUGGGCUGUGUAUGCCAUAGAAACUUAAUAGAAUAUAUGUGCGCCUCUUUCCUUUUUGGCACAGCAUUCAUCUCCUUAAGAACUAUCUCUUAAGUAGCAUCACACCAAGCAAUAAAUAAUAAGGGUUUUUUGGCAGGCGCAAAUGCUCUGAAUAACCCAUGGCAAAACAAGUAAUCUUACAGAGAAGUCUAAUUUUGGAAAACAGAACAUAAAUUCACCGGGGGGGGGGGGGACUACAAAACCAGCAGUCCUGACUUAAAUGGCUGUUGGUUCUUUUUAGGAAAUUGCCAUUCUGCAACCUUUUAUAGAGGGAAACAUUAUUUUAUUAGGUGCAAGAUAUUGACAUUUAUUGGGAGGAUAAUGCUCAUUGCUGUUGUUUUAACUUUUGAUAAGUGUAUUUAGGGGAUUGCCUGUACUACAGUAGAGCCAGAAAAAUAUGAAACAGUUCUAACAGAAGAUGGUCGGGCCUGGUGGACUGAACCCCUAACUUUGGUAUUAUUUAUUUAGUUAUUGAAUUUCCUUCCUUUCAAAGGAGACCAGGGUAGCAAUUUUUCUAUUCAUAUGGCUUCAGGUGCUACUGGCUCUUGGGCCAACAGGAAUGUUACAGUUAUUGGUCAGAAUCCCAGUGGUUGUGGUCUGAUCCUGCACAUGGAGCUUUCAGUUACCUCUUCAGUUAGAAACCUUCCUCCCCAAAGAUUGGACAGCAUUAUGGGGUGGCACCCCAUGAGGUACAACAGCCUGCUGCCACAAUGAAAUAUAAUCACUGCUGGUAUGUCGGGAGGACAGUUUGAUCACAGCUAUACUGUCAGGGGUCCUUUACCUUUUUAUAUAUAUAGAAUAUACAGUCGUACCUUUGCAUACAUAUCCCUCUGGAUAUGUAAUCUUCAGGUUACAGCCGCAGCAAACCCGGAAGUGUAUACUUCCAGGUUUCACCGCGUGCGCAUGCACAGAUGCACUCAAUUGCGCAGAAGCGCACCUCUACGUAAUUUUCGGGGUGCGAACAGACCCCCGGAAUGAAUUAAUUUUGUAUCCGGAGGGUCCACUGUAUAUAGAAUACAGCCUAUGUCCUGUGUCUGCAGCAUCUGGAUUUUAAGUUACCUUAUACAGUGGUACCUCUGGUUAAGAACUUAAUUCGUUUCAGAGGUCUGUUCUUAACCUGAAACUGUUCUUAACCUGAAGCACCACUUUAGCUAACGGGGGCCUCCUGCUGCCGCCGCACCGCCACCGCCCGAUUUCUGUUCUCAUCCUGAAGCAAAGUUCUUAGCCCAAGGUACUAUUUCUGGGUUAACAGAGUCUGUAACCUGAAGCGUCUGUAACCCGAGGUACCACUGUAUUUUCCCUCCCUCCCCACCCCAGUCUUAAUCAUUCUCGAUUUAGGAAGAUGGUUCUGAUGUUGAUGUAACAAUUCUUUAACACGUUGGUGGUUUUAAAAUAUUUUUCCUUUUAUGCAUUAGUCAGCAGUCAGAUUAGUGUGAUGUCUUCCUUGAGCUUGCUUUCCAGGGAGAUUUGUGCUGCAGGGUAUGCCUGAAGCUAACUUGCUUGCUGCGCUUGGAACUGUGACAUUUGGUCGGUUGUUGAGCUCUGUGGACCAAGGCUCUCCAGAUAAUUGCAGAAGAGCUCAAGGAAACAAGAAUGCCAGUAAAAAUGAAUCCCUCUUCCCUUUCUUAGAUAUAUAUUUUAGGCAACUUUCAAUUUCUUGCCUUCAUUUCACUGGAAAUAUAGCAUAUGAAGAUGUAAAAGGUUCAGUAUUAGGGUUGCCAUACGUCCAGAAUUUACCAGACAUAGCCGGAAUACAGCUGUUUCUGGGUGGAAAUCGCUUAAAUGUCCAGGAAAAUCCGGACAUAUGGCAACCCGUGUCGGCAGUGUCGUUUUUGGCAAUUUCCCUUAAAAAUAGCUCAAAUUUUGCCAAAACUCUUGUGUCCGGAUUUCUACUUUUUGAACUAUGGGAACCCAACUCAGUAUAGAUAUAACGUGGCCAAAUCCCAAGAGAACAAGGACAUGGUUCUUCCUCUUCCCUACACAGUUUCCUCUUACAGCUUUUGCUCUAAGAGUUCUGCAACCGAAGACAGCUGGCUUUUCAAGCUGAAUGGCAGCCUCUUUCUUUGGUGGCAGAAAGAGCAGCAGGGAAAUGGAAAGCAAAGUUCUGGCUCUGAGUGUGUUCUCUCAUAUGCACAUGUACACUCCUUUAAACCUUACACAUAAUGCUGCUUGUCUCGGGCAGUUAACUGAGCUGUCAGACUUGUUCCCCUGUUGGACAUGUUCACAUCCUUGCGACUUUUUAAAAAAAAAAAGUAGGAGGGGUGUUGCCUGUUUGCUGGAACCCUAUUCAGUUCUUUCAUGUUCUCCUGUAUGCACACACUUCUCAGAAAAGGGCAGAGGGAGCCAGAAUGGACGGUUGCCAUUUGCAUUCUGCUUUUUCCAUAAUGCAGUGCUAAUGGCAACUGCCCUUUUGUCUAUUCUCUGGCCUUAGAGCUACAGGAGUUAAACUGCCUGCAGAGGAAAAGAACACACUGGAGCCACUUUCAAAAGCAGUGCUAGGAAGACCCUUCCUAGGAAGACCCUUCCUAGGAAGACCCUUCCUAGGAAGCAGUGCUAGGAAGACCCAAAAUAUAUCUAUUGAGAGCACCAGGGCAGCACCUGUGGGUGUUUCUCAUAAUGGUGGGAAGUUGGCAACUUUGGGGUGGGGGGCACUGUGGAAUGGGAUCAUGGCAGCAGACCCCAGAGCGCCAGAAAAGCAUAUGAAGGGGUGGGGUGGGGUGUGGAAAAUGUGGGAUUUAAGCAACGCAUGUAAGCAGAAAAAUUGCUCCCCAUCCUACCAAGGCUAAUAUGCCAGUAUAUAAAAAUCCUUUUUACAAUAACUUGAUAAAUCCACUUUUCCAGUAACUAUUCACUUUCAAAAACCUAUUUUGUGUAGCAAAGAGAUAAAAGAGGUAGAAAUAUUUGAACGGCGCGGAUCUUUGAGAAUAACUUUAUCUGGGUUGCCAUGCAGUUCAGAGGAAUUGAUAAUAGAAUGCAUUUAGUGCUUUGGGCUGAUUUUACUUUGAGUGACCUGAUUUCACUUCAUUUUAAAGUCUGUUUCAUUCUGUUACACUAAUUAAAAUGCAGCUGUCAGCUUUAAGGAUUUUGACUUUUAUUUUUAGUUCUAUGCAGCCUUUAUGUCUCUGGGCUACUGCCAGAGGCUCUAUCAAAGUAGUGGUAAUUGUUCAUUGGGCCAGAUUCUCAUCUUGCUCAUGACAGUAUCAAUUGGUAAUGAUCCUUCUCCCCCCCUCCCCCCCAGUUUUCCCCAGUUGUCAUAUCAUUAUUACAAAUGAAACUUUGGAAUUUUAUUCAGUAUUUGCCUGGCGUGACCAUUGCAGCUGGGAGUAAAACAUGGAUUUUGGGUAUUCAUAUAGCUUCAUUUUAUCUGGCUUAUGGAUAAAAUGAAGAACACCUAAAAACAUAGAAAAAAUAAUAAGUAAAAAACAAUUAUGCAACUCCUCCCAUUUGUCUCUGUUUGCCUGCUCUUUCCCAGAAACCAAAAUGGUAGCUCCUUUGGUAACGGCUUGUCUUUUAUUUUACAUACUAGCCAUAUAUUUACCAGAAUUUUAGUCAGGAGGUUUUCAUGCUAACCAAAACCGAUGAAAGUUGGAGUCCAGCAACAUAUGGAAGGCUAAAGUUCUUUAAUUGAUGGGUAAAUUCUCAAAUGUGUACAUAUAUUUACCCGUACAUUUAUUUUGUGGAUUAAUUCAGAUAAAUGUAUGUACUUUCAGUUUCUGAGUGGUAAAUGUUGCUUUCCAGUGCUACCUGUUACUUGGCUUACAUGCUACUUAUUCCUCUGCUAGUAUUUUCUGCUUUGCUAUUUGGAAUUUGAAUACGAAAUUUGAAAUUUUUGCUAAUUACGAGGAACGUGGGUGGCGCUGUGGGUUAAACCAUAGAGCCUAGGGCUUGCCGAUCAGGUCGGCGGUUUGAAUCCCCGCGACGGGGUGAGCUCCCGUGGUUCGGUCCCUGCUCCUGCCAACCUAGCAGUCCGUGACUGGAUCUAAUGGUCAGGGGUCCCUUUACCUUUACCUUUACAUGGCUUCAAGUGGUUUAGAAUUAUUACUUGGCCUUGACUCUUUGCAAGUAUCAAUAAAAACUCAAGCUGUCAUUUGACAGUGUGAAAUACCAUUGCAGUUGAAGUCUUGGUUUUUAUAAAAUAGCUGUCAAAUAUUUUGUUAAUAGUCCAGCAUACAGAUAUAACUUGGAGAAUGUUUGACAUGAUAAUUAGCAGAGAAGAAUUUUCAGCAGCAAAAUUGUUGCCAGUCAUCCUGAGAAAAGCCAGAUAGAAAAUUCUCAGCACUAAUAUUUGUAGACGAUACAAAUACAAAGGGCAUAGAAAGCAUUUAGACUCACUCUGGGUCAAAUUUGACAGUUUGCUUGUAAAUCCAGAUGGUGAAAUAUACCCAGAGAAAGGUUAAUUGUUGCUUGUACACUAAGGUGUACUUAGAAAUGUCAGAGUAUGCGAAAAGCUGAAAUAAACAUUUAAACCUUAAGUAUGACAUUGCUUAAUCACAUGCACAGGAAGAUUAAAUUCAGCUUACUAAAUUAAUUCUAACUAGACUCUUGCAGCUGAAACAGCUUCAAAUAAAACCUGGAGAUAGUUUUAAGAAAAUUUCUCAAAUAUAUUUGUAGAACUGAAGAAACAUAAUUAUUUUCUCUUGAAGUGGAAGUCCAUGCUUACUGAUGGUUCACAGAGUUUACUUAUUCACAAUGAACAGUCUUGUGAACUUCAGUAUUUUUUCUUUAUUCCACCCUUUUUCAUUACUCUUCUGGAAAGAAGAAUUGACUAAUGCAGGUCACACAACAAGCACUUCUUCAUCCCAGUCGUUAGUCACAAUCCACACAAUUUUUAUGUCAAAAUGAAGGACAAAAUUUCAGAUCUGACUUGAAACUUGGUUUUAACAAAGUUGGCAGUGCUUCAACUUAGGUAAAUACCAAUGCAUCAAAUACGUAAAUGAACAGGCUUACUGAGAUUGCUUGCUUUCACAGACAAACUCUUAACUAUCAGAAUGAUCAUGCUCAAAAAGAGUAGAUGGCAUGGGAAUUCUGUCUUAAUAAUUAUGAAAAGUAUUGCAUGGGGCAAACUUUGGUUAAUGGCAGUAACCAUUGUUGCUAUUGAAGGUGCUGCUGUGCAAUGCCAGGCCAAUGAUUCAUAAGACCACUGCCAUCCAUGACUUGAUCAUGGAUGGAGGACUUGACCCGGCAUGUGUAACAGAGACUUGGUUGGAUGAAGCAGAUGGGCCUGUCCUUGCCACUGCUUGUCCACCAGGUUUCUCUUAUGCACAGCCUUGUGGGCGAGGGGGGGAGGGUUGCAGUGAUUUUCUUAAUACCAAGUCUCAAGUCAUUAGUUUGCACCAGGCGUCCUAUUGGGAAGACCCAGUUCCCUGAGUGCAUGUUCUGGAAGUUGGGCAAUAGGGGCAGUACAGGAUUCCUUUUGGUGUACCAACCUCCCCACUGCACCAAGGAUUCCCUGUCUGAGCUGCUUCAGGUUGUGGCAGAUGUUCUUCUGGAGACACCUAGUUUGGUUGUCCUAGGGGAUUUUAACAUGCACGCCGACACGACCUUAAAAGGGGCCGCUUGGGACUUCGUGGAAAGCAUGGCCUUCAUGGGGCUGUCCUGAAUAAGUCUGGCCGAACUCCUAGCCACGAACAUGCCUUAGACCUGGUGUUCACCUCUAUGAAUGUUGGUGAUCUGACACUAAGUAAAAGUGAAUCACUGGGAGCUGGGGGCACUGUUAUACAGUGGUACCUCGGGUUACAUACGCUUCAGGUUACAGACUCCGCUAACCCAGAAAUAGUACCUCGGGUUAAGAACUUUGCUUCAGGAUAAGAACAGAAAUAGUGCUCCGGCAGCAGUGGGAGGCCCCAUUAGCUAAAGUGGUGCUUCAGGUUAAGAACAGUUUUAGGUUAGGAACGGACCUCCGCAACGAAUUAAGUACUUAACCUGAGGUACCGCUGUACAGUGGUUCCGCUCCUUCCUCCUGGGCUGUGUUCAGAAAGUGGGGGUGGGGGAGAUGAGUGUUCAGACCCCUGGGCUCUCAGUUGUGGGGUGCCUCAGGGUUCUGUCCUCUCCCCUAUGCUUUCCAACAUCUAUAUGCAGCCACUGGGAGAGAUCAUCAGGGGGUUUGGGCUGGGUGUUCAUCAAUAUGCGGAUGAUACCCAGCUCUACCUCUCUUUCUAAUAAGAACCAGCGAAGGUCCUGUGUGAGUGUCUGGAGGCGGUUGGAGGAUGGAUGGUAGCUAACAGAUUGAGGUUGAAUCCUGACAAGACAUAAGUACUGUUUUGGGGGGACAGGAGCCGGGCAGGUAUGGAGGACUCUCUGGUCCUGAAUGGGGUAACUGUGCCCCUGAAGGACCAGGUGCGCAGCCUGGGAGUCAUUUUGGACUCACAGCUGUCCAUGGAGGCGCAGGUCAAUUCUGUGUCCAGGGCAGCUGUCUACCAGCUCCAUCUGGUACGCAGGCUGAGACCCUAUCUGCCUGCGGACUGUCUCGCCAGAGUGGUGCAUGCUCUGGUUAUCUCUCGCUUGGACUACUGCAAUGCCCUCUUUGUGGGGCUACCUUUGAAGGUCACGCGGAAACUACAACUAAUCCAGAAUGCAGCAGCUAGACUGGUGACUGGGAGCGGCCGCCAAGACCACAUAACACCGGUCUUGAAAGACCUACAUUGGCUCCCAGUACGUUUCCGAGCACAAUUCAAAGUGUUGGUGCUGACCUUUAAAGCCCUAAACAGCCUCGGUCCUGUAUACAUGAAGGAGCGUCUCCACCCCCCAUCGUUCUACCCGAACACUGUGGUCCAACGCCAAGGGCCUUCUGGUGGUUCCCUCACUGCAAGAAGCCAAGUUACAGGGAACCAGGCAGAGGGCCUUCUCGGUGGUGGCACCCACCCUGUGGAACCCCCCCUCCCACCAGAUGUCAAAGAGAACAACAACUACCAGAGCUUUAGAAGACAUUUGAAGGCAGCCCUGUUUAGGGAAGCUUUUAAUGUUUGAUGGAUUACUGUAUUUUAAUAUUUAAUAUUUUGUUGGCAGCCGCCUAGAGUGGUUGGGGAAGCCCAGCCAAAUGGGUGGGGUAUAAAUAAUAAAUUAUUAUUAUUAUUAUAUAUCAACCCCAAUCUAGAAUAAGUUAAGUUGUUCUGCUGGCCCGGAGGUCCCCAUUCCACCUCUCAAAAGUGUGGAUAAACGAUAGAAUUGCCGCGCUUCGUGGAACCGUAGAAUUGUAGAGUUGUAGAGAAUUGUAGAGACAGGGACCCCAAGGGUCCUCUAUUCCAACCCCUUACAAUGCAGGAAUCACAACACGGGGAAGCCCUGUUGUGGUGAGGGCCUGAGCCACACUGGGAUUCACUGGAUUACAGCAGGCCUUAUUGCUAAGCCUGCUCCAGGCUGGCAUAGCUCACAGCAGACUUUUGCCUGCCCACACCUUCUGCUGUGAGCAGCGCCACCCCUGCCUGUCGCAGGUUUGGAUUGCUCUGUCACUUGCCGGGGGGGGGGGGGGAUAUUGGUUUCAACAGUAAGUCAGUGCAGCUGACUUUCACUGGAUGCGCAUCAUCACAUUUAUGAAGAUGUAGCUCUUCUUGCUCCAUGAAGUUGCACAUCUUCUGCUUCAUCCAAUCGUAUAGGUGACUUUGCUUGGCCUGCAGAAUGUAUUUGUGGUCUGUGAAAUGGGAAGUUAACACAUAGGUGGUAUUCUGGUGGUAUUGUGGUCAUGCCCUUCAAACAACAACUGACUUAGCAACGCAUUUGCUCUAGGAGCAUUUAGGCUAUCGACGCUGAGUCCUAGAUGAAUUCAUUUUUAGUGAAUUAUUAUUCUGAACAGUGAUGCCACGGAAGCCACCUUCUCAGGUUGGAAAAUUGGCAAUUCUUCUAAAUUUACUUACUUCUCUUCCUAAUUUCACUAAAGCCAAUAGAUGCUGUAUUCAGAAUAGAUUAGGCAGGUCAUCAUUCUUUCAUUAGACUUUGAGUUUUGAAUAGCAGAGCGAUAAUUUUGCAACCCAAUAGGAAUAAAGGGGUUUCUCAAGUGACACAUUACAACCCUCUUAUAUAUACAUUAGUUGUGUCAUUUGUUCAAUUGAUUUAGUAUUUUCUUCCCUAAAUAUAUUUUUUCUGUUCUUUUGCAGCUCUAUGCAGGGGCAAUUCUUGAAGUGUGUGGAUGAAAAUUGGGGAGGUUCCCUCAAGUUCAGGGUAAGUGAAUUUGUAAUUUGUCCUUUUAGUUAUUUAAGAAUGAUCACCUAAAGGAAGACCUCAUUGCACCUGAAUUUUUUGCAUGGAUCCUGAAGCAAAACCCUGUCCUAUUGUGUAUAUACAUAGAUAUGGCAACUUACUUUUAUGUGAAACAUAUGAACUCCAAGUAAUAGGAAAGAGCAGUGGAAAACACAUGUCAGAUUUUUUUUUCCUAGGUGAAGUAAAAAUUGAGCUGCUAAUUUUUUUAAAGUAGUUGUGUGAAGGUACUUUUCUCUGUUGUUUUCAUUAGCCUUGUUUUUGAGCACUUGAGUACAUUUUUAACAGACAAGUCAUGUGAAUGCAAAAUGUCACAUUCACUUCCUACAUUUGGGACUUCAUUAACCUUUUUGAACUGAAUAAAGCCAGUCAUUUUAUGACUCUUCUGACUGGCAGACGUCUUUUUUCCCUGAUGGAAGAAGUGGGUGAGAUCUUGCUCAUCAUACUUGGAGGAUUGAAACAGAAGCAGGGGAAGGAUUAAGGGUGGCAAUCCAAGGCCACCAGAUUUUCCCCUUUGUCACGAGUUUUUUCUGUGUGUGCAUUAUUCAUAAUGCUUUAAAAUACCCACAUGUGCAUAGCCAUGCUUGAAAAGAGAAUCUUAAUUGAGCAUCUUUAAGUUCUAUUCUGCCAACUGACCCAUCAUCUGUGAUUGAUAGGUAGUGGCUUUCCUUUUUUAUUUAUCAAGUAUUUAUUUAAAGCAGUGUUUCCCAAACUUGGGUUUCCAUGGUUUUUUUUGGGAGUACAGUUCCCAUCACCCCUGACCAUUGGUCCUGCUGGCUAGAGAUGAUGGGAGUUGUAGUCCAAAAAGUUUGGGGAACACUGAUUUAAAGCAUUUUUAUUCUCUUUGCUGCUUAAAAAAACCAGGAGUAAGAUCGUGACUAAGCUCACACUCUAAAAGGCAUAAUAAUAAUAAUAAUAAUAAUAAUAAUAAUAAUAAUAAUAAUAAUAUCUUUAUUGUCAUUGCCCCCUUCGGGGACAACGAAAUUACUUGACUGCUCCAUAAUAAGACUAAUUAAUCAAUACAGUAUAAUACAGCAAGGGAGAUUAGAUGACUUUCAAAGUCCGGGCUUCCCAUUCAGGGCCGAGAUCGCUCUGGAGAAGAAGCUGUUCUUAAGACGGCUCGUUCUUGUCUUCAUCGUCCUGUAUCUACGUCCCGACGGCAAGAGCUCGAAGAGACAGUGACCAGGAUGCGAUGGAUCUUUUACUAUGUCCAGUGCCUUCCUAUGGCACCUUGUGGCAUAAAUCUGCUCUAAGGUGGAGAGUGGGCAGCCAACAAUGCUCUCUGCUGCCUUAACAACCCUGCACAACCCCAUCGUGUCCUGGGUAGUACAGCUUCCGUACCACACACAUAAGCCAUAAGUGAGCACGCUCUCAAUGGCACAGUGAUAGAAGGCAAGAUAAUGCACAGGAGCAAUCUUUUGUGCAGCUUCUUAAAGUUACAGUUAUAACUGCACUUCCUCUCUUUAUUUUCAAAGCCAGGGUGAUGCUCCUGGAGGUUACAGCCAGAGAGAGAGGAGUUCCUCACUGCACCCUCCAGGAGGGUCAGCCUUGCCCCAUAGCAGCUAGGCUUGAAAAGAGCCUAAUUGCAGCAGGGGCGGGGGAGGCAGAGCCAGCUGUGGUGGCACUGCCUUAUCAGUCGUACCCCCCUCCCCCCAAAAAAUGCCCCCUCUAAAAGCAGCCUCUUGGUGAAGAGGAGGUGCUGGUGUCUCCUCCCACCCUUGUUCCUGAUAUAGACCUUCCUUCCUGGUGGGUACGUGGGUGCCGGUUUGUGGCUCACCGAAGGUGCCAAAAUGUCUGGGGCCACCCUGUUGGUGGUUCCCCACCCCACUAUAUCUUGUGCAUGCCUCAUCCUUUGAACCCAAAAGGCCAUGGACUGAACCUGGGACCUUCUGUCUGCAAAGAACAUGUACUGCUGACCUACGGCCUUCCCCAGAUGGCUCUAGUAGGUCUGCACAAAAUACAGGCAAGGCCCCUUUGCUCCUUAAACUAAGCCUCAUUCAGCCCUUUCUUUGUAUGAUGCGGCUCGUAAGACCUGUCUUCACCCUAAUGGGUUCUUCGGCAUUUUUUGUGUGGAGCUAACCCCCCGCUUUUCUUUCUAUGGGGAUGCAGACCAUUCCUGCAUUCUGCACACCUAAACCAAAAUCUUCUUGCAUCUCAACUCUUCCUGUUUGUAUAAUUUAAGCCACAUUUGUAGCUUGUAGGGGGACCAGGCAGCUGCGUUUGCCCUAUCUUUCCAUAGCCAGGUUGCCCAGACUGUGAGAUUACACAGUGGAAAUGCUGCUUGUCAGGCUGUAGCUGCCCCUCUUUGCACAUUGCAGUUGGUUUUAACCAGUGCUUUUUUUUCCUUUAAAAAAAUGUUUAGGGGUGUUCUCAUUUUCCUACGCAUAUUGAAAUACUGCCCCUCAGUGAAGCCAAACUCAGAUUCACAAAGUGUUUAGCGGUAUGCGUACCCCCCAGAAAAAUGCACUGGUUUUAACUGAUGGUGAAAGGUGGAUAAUAAUUAUGUUGUUAUUUAUGGAAUUUCUUAUUUUAAUGCUGAUUCUUUUCUGGGGUGGUUUCCUUGCUCUUGUUUCAUAUGCACACAGUCUCGGGGCUAACAAAUAGAACUUUAGCGGAUAGGUUUUCAUCUUGCAUCAGUUUUUUCUCUAAGCUUUUGAAGCUCACUCAUCCUCAGAAAGCUUCCCAUGUUGAGAAUAUCUCAUCAGAAAAUGAAACUGUAGCAGGUUGUCUGCAGGGUGUUUUUUUAAACCAGAAGAUGUCUCAAUUCAUUUUUCACUAGAUUUAGAAAGCUGCCAGUGCUACAAUAUGUCUGAUAGUUUAAGUUGACAUCAAACAUAGCAAAGCUGGUGUUAGAUUUCCCCCCGCUACCCUCCUGCUUCAUUUUGUUCUCCGCAUAGUGUGAUCUGUUCUGUCUAACAUCAUUGCACCACUGAAACAGAAAUGUGUCAACAAAGAGGUGUGCACAACUGCUAGAAACACUAGGUGCUUUUAGGCCAUCAUUUGACCAAGCAACUUGCAGCUCACCUGGACAAUUUAACAGUGGGCCUCAGGCGAGCAGCUGAGGGACGUGUUCAUCCGGCAGCUGCCAUAGUGCAGAGCUUUGCAGCUACUGCAUAGCUGUCAACCUUUCCCUUUUCUUGCGAGGAGUCCUAUUCGGAAUAAGGGAAUUUCCCUUUAAAAAGGGGAAAAGUUGGCUGCUAUGAUCUAUUCUCAUACAAGAGACAUAUAGGAAGAAAGAGCAAACAUGCAGUGUUCGAAACUCCCAUUGUUCUGGGCGCAUUUUGCAACAGGGAAUUUCAUGCGCAUGAGCAGUUUCUGAGCUCUGGGCACAGUACUGCGCCUAAGAUUUCUGAUUAAAACUGCAGAGUGGAAGGAAAGGAGGACCUUUUUCUGCCUCCUCACUUCCAGCCCCUCUCUGAAGACUGGAGAAGAGACCCUCUUAAUAAUAUUAAGGGGGUGGGCAGGAGAAAGACUAGACCCUGUGAAAAAUGAACAUAAGUUUUUAGCUGCAGUUCAUUCAUUUUCAGCUUUGUAUUCUCGUUAUAAAAAAGUUCGCCCAGACGUUGUUGUCGUGCCCAUAACCUCAGCUUAGGGUGCCAUUUAGCUCCUAGCUUUCAUAUCUCCAUUUCUAACACUGCACACAUGCAGGGACAGGAGAUAGGGAAGGGCAAAUUAAACAGGAAUGUUGGACUCUGUUUUUCCAUCACACCCUUUUUUUUUAAAAAAAUGAAAGCCUAAUAAUUAGUCCAGAUUGUAGUACUGCUGUUUCCAAUCUUUCUCCCCGGGGUGGGUCACAACAGUUCAAAGCACAACAUUAAAAACCGUUUUUAUUUAUUUGAAAUGCUGGUUGUUUCUGCCUAGUUGCAUCUGACAUGUGCCUUCUUCAGGUGAGUGAAUUAACUCUGGUGGGGGCAAGGGGACACUGAAUGGGAAGCAAAAUGUCAUGUGCACAUUUAACAACAUUUGCUCCCUGGUAGAACAAGUAUUCACUAGAGCUUAAACCACUCGCUGCAGUUUAGCUUCGGUGAUCUGUGUAUAUUAAAAGUCUGCCAGCACAUCUGGGGUGCCACAAAAUAAACCCAGGAAAAGGGUUGUUCAGUAAGUGUCUGGUUCUUGUUCCUGCAGAUGCUGUCUAUAUGUGACACAAGUGGGUAUUGCAACUCUGGCCCUACCAUAGGAUACAAGAAGGCAGCUGCCUUGGGCAGCAGCUGCGAAGGGGCUGGGAGCUGGGCCAAAGUUGUGUCAUUGUGUCCUUUGCCUCAAGCAGCAAAAUGUCUUGAGCCAGCCCUCUGUAUUGCCAUGACUUGUUCCUAUCAGGCAAGAGCAGAGGGCACUACAAUUCCCUUCUGCAAUAUGGUGAAUUUUAGACUACAAUUAUACAUAUUUCUGUGUUUCAUCUCGACUUUGAAUCUUGUUUAUAAAGCAUGAGAAGAAAUGCUCAUUCUGUUUAGAAUAAUUCUUUCUCUUUGCCUCCACAUUCUAGCUUUCGUCAGGAGUGACAAGCCCAAACUGUUCAGGGGACUGCAGAUCAAGGUUUGUACUAGUUUCUGGGUUUUUUUAUAUUAAUUUAAAUCUAUCAAAUGUUACCUUAGUAUUGGAUAAAGAUGUGAAUUGUCCAUCUGAUGGGUGGGAAUUUUCAGUGGAAGGGGACAGCUCAGUUGGCAGAGCAGGAGACGCUUAAUCUCAGGGUUGUGGGUUCAAGUCCCACGUUGGGCGAAAAGAUUCCUAAAUUGCAGGGGGUUGGAGUAGAAUGAUCCUUGCGGUCCCUUCCAACACUACAAUUCUGUGAUCUGUAAAUAACUGAUUUAGCUUAGUAUGGGGAGCACAACAAUACUGAGUUUGUACAUCAGUCCUGAGUGCAUUUUGUCUUUGAAAAUAAUAGCUAUGCUGGUGGCAAUUCAUUCUGUCUGGAAUCAAAGUCUUGCAUAUAGUAGUCAUUGUUUCAGAAAAUCACCCUACAUAGCUAUACAUUCAGAAUGUAUAUCCGACCACAGCAUUUAAUUCAACCUGGAACUUAUACUUGAACAAUAGCAUUAAUUCUGAGUUACUUUUGGAAGCAAGAAAGUGAAGGUUGAGCUUGCCAGAUGUGUUGAAUCCAGGCAGACAGUAACUUUGGAUUUCUUUCCUCUGCAGUACGUACGUGGUUCGGACCCCGUACUGA